AUGAAAGUUAUUGUCAAGACCUUCUUUUGGCCCCUUAUUUUCGUGAGUUUAGUUCAGCUGGCUUCAUCCUCUCUUCAAUUUGUCCUUCCUGUUUUGAUCCAUCAUAUUUUGGCCUAUAUCGAGUCUGAGGAUGAAACUAUACCACGAUCGCGUGGUGUAAUCUUGGCGUUGGGCAUGUUUGUGGUCAACAUCAUGGUAUCCUUCUUGUCGGGACAAUUCAAUAAGCAGAUCACUGAGCUAGGCCUUGAAGUUCGAAGUGCGCUAAUUUCCAUGAUCUAUCGUAAGGCCUUGGUCUUGUCUCCCAAGAGUAGAAAUAAUAAGGGUUCUGCAGGUGAAAUCACUAACCAUAUGUCGACUGACGCUGAGAAGUGGACCAAGGACCUUUUCUGGGUUAUUUGUUGGGUCACCGUUCCAUUUGAAAUCCUGGUCGCUUCAGUCAUGUUAUACAAUGUCUUGGGGUGGUCAGUACUAUGCGGUCUCUUUACCAUCGUGGUGAUUACUCCAAUUCAAGGCAAAGCAGGCAGAUUUUUCGAUUCCGCAGGCGAUGCUCGGUUGGAGGCCAUGGAUAGCCGUGUUCGCAUCAUGAGCGAGUUGUUGUCCCAUAUCAAAAACAUCAAACUGUAUGGCUAUGAGCCUCACUUCAAGGACAAGGCUACAUCUUACAGAGAGCAAGAGAUCAAUCUUUUGCGUCAGACAGGCAAGGUUAUGUCUCUCUUGACGAUUAUUUUCACUUGCUUACCUUUAUUCAUGGCGUUUGUCUCGUUUGCGGUUUAUGCCAGUGUCGGUGGCCCUGGUUUCACACAAGGUGAUAUGAAUGCUCAGGUGAUCUUUGUCAGCGUCUCGCUAUUCUCGCUAUUGUACAGGCCUAUCGGAAUCAUGUCGCGUCUGGCAGAAUCGACCAUUGGCCUUCGAGUGGCCACUCGUCGUGUUCAAAAAUUUUUGCUCAAGGAAGAACAGGACCCAUUGGCGAUUGAGCGUGAUCCCAAUGUGCCUAAGGACCCUAAUGUACCUCUUAUUCAGAUCGAGAAUGGAACCUUUGCUUGGGCGCCCGAACAUGAAAAUCCCGCAGAGGAGGAUAACGAUGCUGGCGGUGGUGAUAAUGAUGAUGAGAGUAGUCAGGAGCAAAUAACAGAAACAACAGCGCUCUUGACUGCAGAACAGAAUAGCUCCAAUGGCCCGGCGCUAGUGGGCAUCAAUGCUUCAUUUGCUCGUGGAUCUCUGACAGCAGUAGUAGGCCGAGUUGGGCAAGGCAAGUCAUCGUUGCUGAGUGCAAUGAUUGGCGAUAUGUAUAAGCGAGAAGGUCAUGUCCGAAUCUAUGGAUCGGUUGCCUAUGUACCACAGCAAGCCUGGAUUAUCAAUGCGACUGUCAGGGAUAACAUUGUUUUUGGAAAGCCAUUUGAUCAAGAAAGAUACGGCCGCGUCUUAUUUGCUUCAGGAUUACUCCCAGAUCUACAAGUCCUGGCUGCUGGAGAUCAAACAGAGAUUGGAGAGCGUGGCAUCAAUCUUUCUGGCGGCCAAAAGCAGCGUGUAUCCUUGGCUCGUGCAGCUUACUUGAACGCGGAUAUUUAUCUCUUGGAUGAUCCUCUCAGCGCUGUGGACGCUCAUGUAGAUCAACAUCUAUGGGAGCACUUGCUUGGUCCAACAGGUUUGCUCAAGGACAAGACUCGUGUCUUGGUUACACACGGAAUCCACCAUUUAGAGCAAGUUGACCAUAUUUUGCUGAUCAGGGAUGGCAGAAUUAAGGAGGCUGGAGGCUAUACGCACUUAAUGAAAGCCAACGAUGUGUUUUACAACCUCAUCAAGGAGUUCUCAAUUGGAAGGAAGAAAAAAGUCAAGCAUGCUUCUACCUCAUCCAAUACUACCGGGGAUGAAGAUGAGUCUUCUACCAUUGCCGAUGAAGUCGAUAGUGUCAAGGGUGGCGGAGAGCAUGAAGCUGCUGAUGGUGGGCUUGUGGAUGAGGAAAAUACCCAAGUCGGUAUCGUUGGAUGGAGUACGUUCAAGGCUUACUGUGAGGCGAUGUCCUAUUACUACUUUACAAUCACCGUAUUGCUGUACUUGGUUUGGGAAAUAUUCCAGCAGAGUGUACCUUUUUGGUUGGAAUACUGGACUCGAGUGGCUAAUACGACAACUCACACCGUGAUCUACUUUUUAUCGGUGUAUGCAGCUUUGGUCAUUGCCUACAUUGCUGUGGAUGUGUACCUGACUUACGUCUCCAAUGUCCAUGCCUGUUUGAGAGCCUCCAUAGUUCUUCAUGAAAACUUACUUGCACGCGUCCUUCGCCUUCCUAUGUGCUUCUUUGAUGUCACUCCUCAAGGACGCGUAUUGAACAGAUUCUCAUCCGAUAUCUCCUGCAUUGAUGAAACAGUGCCCGAUAGUUUUCUUAGUCUUUUGACCUGUUUCUUCAACUUGUUGGGGACAUUAUUCAUCCUUACUUUCGCCACACCAGCAUUUAUUGCAACUCUUCCUGUUAUGGCUCUGAUCAUUCUUGUGAUUCAACGGUACUAUAUUAAGACCUCGAGCAUGCUUCGCCGACUGGAAUCCAUCUCAAAAUCACCCCUCUAUCAGCAUUUUGACGAGACGUUAAACGGUGUCUCCUCAAUUCGAGCAAUGGGUAUUCAAAGCCGAUUCAUUGACGAGAAUGCAGCCCGAUCGGACCGAUUCGCGAAUGCCUAUUACUCGUCAAUGAUGAUUAAUCGAUGGCUCAAUGUUCGAUUGGAGGCCCUCUCUACGUUAUCAGUUCUGAUUGUUGCCUUAUUAGCGGUUGGGAAUAAGGAUUCAUUGAGCCCCAGUAUUGCAGGCCUUGCUCUUAGCAACUCUUUGAGCUUAACUUACAACGUGAUCUGGACUUUGAGAUCAUACUGUGAUCUAGCAGGAGAUUUGGUAGCGGUGGAACGUGUUCAUGAGUAUUCUAACAAGCGUACAGAGGCACCCAACUCUAUCGCGAUUGAGUUGCCUCACAAUUGGCCAUCUCAAGGUCGAGUUAGCUUCAAGAAUUAUUCAGCAAGGUAUCGUCAAGGGUUGGACUUAGUGAUCAAAAAUGUCUCGUUUGAAGUCAAUCCAGGACAGCGAAUUGGUAUCGUAGGUCGAACAGGUGCAGGCAAGUCAUCUCUGACAUUGGCCUUGUUCCGUAUUAUUGAAGCCGCAGACUCUUACUGGGCUCGCGCAAGCGCUCAAGACGGACAUUUUAAUGAUGGCACCAAUGUUGAACCCUUAAUUGAUGGUGGUCAUAUCGAGAUUGAUGAGGUUGAUAUUUCAACAUUGGGACUGAAAGAUUUGCGUCAACGUCUGUCAAUCAUCCCACAGGAUCCCACGCUCUUUUCUGGCACCAUCCGCGAAAACUUGGAUCCAUUUGAUCAAGCGACCGAUGCAGAGAUCUGGGAAGCUUUGGAUCGAGCUCAUUUGAAGGACUAUAUUUCUUCAUUGACGAAUGGACUCUCGUUUGAAGUUGCACAGAAUGGGGAGAACCUCUCAGUAGGACAGAGAUCGCUAUUGUGUUUAGCUCGUGCGCUGCUUCGCAAAAGCAAAGUACUAGUUUUGGACGAAGCAACUGCAGCUGUGGAUGUGGAAACGGACGAGCUAAUCCAGAAGACGAUUCGAAAGGAGUUCCAGGAUCGAACAAUUUUGACGAUUGCUCACCGCAUCAAGACUAUUAUGGAUUACGACAAGAUCCUAGUCUUAGAGAAGGGACAAGUCGAGGAGUAUGAUACCCCUGCCAAUUUAUUGCGAAAGAAAGGACUGUUUUACAGCCUGGCUGAACAGGCUGGUGAGACUCAUUAA